UAAUUACAUUUUCCAGGAAUACCGCAGAAGUAACAAUCAAGAACUCCUAUAGUCACGUGGCUUGAACGUAUAAAUAUUCUUUCGCGAAAAUGACUGCUGGCCAGUACAAGUGUAGCAGACGAUAGAAGAUCGCGCGUUAAUAAAACGAGACUAUAACGAUCGCUCAAUAACAACGCUAUGGCACAUUUUAACGGGAAAUGGGAAUUAUACAGCAGUGAACAAUUCGAAGAGUAUAUGGCAGCGAUCGGAGUUAGUCCAGAAAACAUAAAGAAAGCUACUGUAGCUCUCUCGGCGUCUUCCAAACUGGUUCAACAGAUCUCCGUCUCGGGCGAAGACUGGACCAUCAAGGUUGUCACCAAUUCCGGCGAGAAGGCUAUAAACUUCAAACUUGGCGAAGAGUUCUCCACCAGUACACUAGAUGGAAGACCCGUCAAGGCGACCCUGAACCUAGAGGGAGACAAGUUGGUUGAAAUUCAUAAAGGCGAUGGCUUCGAAACGAAGAGUAUCAGAACCGUUUCAGGAGGUGAAAUGACAAUGGUUUUAAGCGGAAAUGGGGUUACUUGUACUAGGAAGUACAAGAAAGUUGAUUAAAUGUCCUGGAUGCUCUAUACUAUCUUCCUAAUCUGGAAUUCCAGUCUGAGAUUAACCGACGGUGUUGUGCGCAGUUUUGUUUGUUGUGACUAGUAUUGGUCUAUUAUCAGAAUGUUUAUUUCGCAAAGAACUGUUAUUGGUCAGUUGCAUGCAUGUUCAUUUUGUGCAGCAUUCGAACGGGUUAAUAACACGAAUGCUUGUGUCUUCGCAAAUAAUUUACAUUAGUCAUUUACAUGAACGUUUAUAUUGACGGAGUACAUGGAUAUUUAUUUCCUGUGCAGACUUGCACACAAGGGGAACCAGAAGUAGGUGUGCAUGGUAUAACUUACUUAUAAUUUACUUUUGAAAUAGUGCCUCCAAAGGCAAAAGCGUGUAUACAAUUGAACAAGAUGAGUGAAGUGAGGUGCGGGAUUAGGAAAUCAUUUAGUCCAGUAAAGGGCGAUAAAUCGGUUGGAAUAUCAUUAUUGAUCAUCGGUUAUAAUCAGUUUUCACCAACCGAUCCACUUUCGAUUACACUAUCGGUUAAACUAGUAUGCACGUAAAACGGAUGAAUUACGAGGACCAAG